AUGGACUGUCAGGUGCAUAGGAUUUACUACUCUCUUUAUGGCCAGAGUCACCUUGGCGCCCUUUUGUCCGCGACUAUCACCACGCAAGACAGGGCCACUGGCUGGAUGGAGUUCUUUCAAGGAGCCGGUUCACAUGCUGUUUACCUCGGGAGUCUCUCUUCUAUACUAAAACUCUAUAAUUUGCCUUCUUCUAGUUCAUCCCAAAGAGUCGGAUUGAAUUCGAUUCCCGUCACCAAUGCCCUUGAUAUACCCAUCGGCACCCUUGUUACUAAAAUUCCUUGGGUAGCGAUGUGUGACGUUCUGAUGUUCUGCUGGGCCUCUUUCCAUACAGUGACCGAGCGACAUACUUCUGCUAUGCUUUACGGGCUAGCGUCGGCGGCAGCCAUAUCCGUUUUUGCUGGCACUAUUCCUUCACUAACCAAAGGUCUGGAAAAGAUUGGCACUUGGGUCGACAUAUUGCUUUCUAUGAUGAUGGCGGGGGCGUUGAUACACGGAAGGUGA